AUUGUAUUAUAUUUGUCACACCAUAUCAGCAUAUACCUAAAGGAAUUUCUUAAUGAGCAUAGUUGGCAAGCUGGUUGGAGGUCUAACAUAGAGCGCAACAGCGCUGUUAAGUAGCGUAUAAAACAGUGGGUUCAUGUAAUAAAGUGAAGUUGUUUUUCUCAUUGUCCGUUGGGGUAAAGUCACAUCGUUCGUGCGCUGUAAUUAUAAAUAUACCAUAGACAGGGAAUGAACCUGUUGUGUGUUUCAAAGGCAAAGAUUCGUGUUUAAAUUAAUUAUAAGAAAUUUGUUGGCAGAAUUCAUAGAGUGGUUGUUAUUUUAUUAACGCAAGUGCAAAGCAAUUAGUGAAUACUGAAGUUUUCCAGUAUUGUGCAAUGGAAAUUAUUGCUAAAAAUUUGAGCAAAAACGAAAUGUAUGUAAGAGUAAAAUUCGAUUAAACGGGGAAAAAAUGCAGCAGCAUCUUAGCAACAAUAACAAGUACAACGAAGAAAACAAAUAACAACAAUAACCACAAUAUAUCAUCAACUAUCGUACGAAAUAAUUCGCAAACGUCAAUAACAACAAUAAUAAUAACAAAACCAACCACAUAGAGUAACAGCCAACAUGCGCAUAGAUGGCAAUACAUCAAAAACAACAAAAACAAGAGUAACAGUGACGACAACAGCAAGUGGCGAUAAAUUAAGGCGUUUGUUUGAAUUUGGCGUCAAAUAGCAUCGGAUGGUUGAAUUGCUUGCACAAAUAAUGAUAUAGACGAUUCCUAACGAUAUUGUUAAAUUGAGAAAUUAAGGAUAAUAAAAGUGUAUCCUUUAAAAAAAAAAUCCUCAUUCGCACGCAAGCGCUUCAAUCUUCAAUUUUAGUAAUGUGCCAGUGAAAUAGUGAAUUUAAGCCACAAGAAAUAUAUAAAAUUUAGUGUAAGAUUUUUUAAAUAUACAUAUGUAUAUUCAAAAUCAAAUGUGAAUAAAAAUAAAUAAACGAACGGAUUGUCAAUUAAAUAAAUCUUAAAAAUAUUAACAAAAACUAAUUACAUAAUAAGAUUCCAUAAUAUCGUAUAAAUGAGUUCGUAAAUCAAUUAUGAAACUACGAUUUACUGUUGAAUGUAACAAAAUGCCACAAAAACCAGAGCAAUGUACGAGAGCAAGUUGGCGAAUAGCAAUACUGUCCGUCGGCACCAUACUCCUGCACGCGAUCGCCGCAUUGACGGUGGAUGCGUCGGCUAUAAUGCUGGCGACAACAGUGCCGACAGUGCUGACAACAGCGGCGGCAUUGAACCCUUCAACACCAGAGUUUGUCAGACGUAGCAUCAGAGUGGGUUACAAUGGCAACGCAGUUAUAAUAUGUAAAACAUCCGAUCCAUCACAAACAUGGUUUCAUGAAGUUAUAGAAAAUAUAGAAAAAAAACCACUGCAUAUUAACAAUGAGAUUGCAAAUCAUUAUGCGUUGCUGCUCUUAAAAGGUAUAGAACGAAACGGUACCUACCGAUGCAUGCAAGGUGCGAAAAUAUUGAGCGAAACGAUGCUGAAAAUUGCAGCACCAGACUUAACAUCGCCGGAGCAAAUACAAAUUGGAACCGGUGAUGACGCCGCACUUGUUUUUGUCCAUGACAGCAACAUCAACAACAUCGGUUAUUCCAGUCGAAUAUUGCCUCGAAAUUACAGUGAUUAUAGAGACGAAAAAUUCAAUCAAAUUGAAGUCGAUGAGCAGACAACAUUGCUUUUGAUAAGGAAUGCAUCAGCUCAAAAGUCUAUAUUCACGUUUGAAUAUGAGGAUAAUCAACGCAGUCAUGAGUGGGAACUCGAUGUGGGAAAAGCUCCGGAGUCAGUAAGCAGUUUUCAAUGCACAGGUUACAACUAUGAAUCUAUGAGAUGCAGAAUGUUCUAUCCACCAAAUAACUUACCAACAGAAUAUAAAAUAACAUAUGUAGCAUUGAACAAGAUUUUGCAUUGCAAACUAGACAACGGCUCAUUCCAUAAUAUAACGUUGAAGACGCUAAAUACUGGCGAUUACUGCACUUAUAUUCCAUCCGCCAACUUUCAUAAUUUCACUUUGAUCGCGACGAAUGUUUUAGGAGAGUACACGAAUAAAUUUUCCAUAAACACCCAUGAGCGCGUCAUACCGGCUAAAUUGCAAGUCAAUGUGAGUAAUAAAACCCCCAACAGCGUGCGCUUAUCUUGGGAAAACGAUAAGAAAUAUUCCUAUGAACGUGGAUUGGAAUAUAAUAUUACUGUUGAACCGGUUAACUUCAAAAAGUACAAUUUAACUAAAUACAAUUUAAUUAAAUACAGUGCUCUCUUGAAAUAUGAUUUUAUACUCGAAAACCUUUCCUAUGCCUAUUGGCCAUAUGUUGUGAGGCUAACAGCGCGUGUUAAUUGCAAUACAUGCGAAUGGAAUGAACCAACUGAAGUGACCUUUAAUACCACCGAACGUAUACCCGAUCGUGCGCCACACACUUAUGUUGGUGGUUUCUAUAAUUAUGGAAAUGACACAACCCUAUAUUGGGAGGAUUUGCCAGAUUAUGAGAGGAAUGGUAAAAAUUUCACUUACGUCAUUCAAAAGUUGGAUAUGCAUGGACAAAAGUUGUACGAUAAGAAAGAAACCAAAAACACAAUAGUUGCUUUUCAUUGGUCUAAGACGCCUAAAAUGUAUAAAAUAUUCGCCAAAAAUGCAGUCGGUGUUUCGUCAAAUGUAAGCAUAAUACGCGUCCCACCCAGCGACAUGAAUCCGCCAUUAGAAAUUGAGAAGUUGUUUGAAAAUGGAGCAUUCAAAUUAAAAUGGAAGCAUCCACAUGACUACGAAAAGCGACCACCAAGCAACUAUACUGUCUUCUGGUGUCAGCAAAUGUUGAUGAAGAGGACUGAGUGUGAAGGUCCCAUGCACUUCAAAUAUGUAGAAAACACGAAAAGCGAAUAUCCCAUACCCUCGAGGAAUCAACUUAUAAUGGCCGUAGCCGCCAACUAUCCACUCGGAAGUAGUGGACUUAAGUGGACCACUUGCUUUGCUGAUUUAAACGCAUCCUUAAAGCAGAUAACGGUGGACGCUACCGUCAUGUCGGAGUCAAGCAUCUCUUUAAGCUGGUUUAAUACAAAUUGUAUGAAUGCAUUCGAUGGCUAUAAUAUAACCUAUUGCGUCAUGGAUAAUAAAACGUUGCCCAGUUGUCAUUCAGAAAUCGAAACGUUUAGACAAAGUAGAAACUUCAUUUUAACGAAUUUGCAACCAUAUACAUUUUAUAACAUCAGCAUACAGUUAUACGGCGCAAAUAAUCGAAAGAGCCCGCCUAGUACAGUGGUGGUUCGCCAAACUAAUGAAGCAGCACCUGAACCGCCAACUAAUCUUAAGUAUAUGGACGUGACAAGUAAUUCGGCAAAAAUUUCAUGGGAAGCGCCGACCGAAACCCAUGGGGUUCUGCAAAAGUAUUAUAUUUGGUAUAAAAAAUACUACGAAACGGAGGUAAAAUACAAUGAGACCGCUAACCUGUCUUAUAUAUUAACCGAUCUAAGCAGUGGCUCUGUCUAUGAAAUAUGGCUGACAGCGUGGACAUCAAAGCAAUCAAUUAAAAGUGCUUCAAUUAAUAUUACCACCAUGAUUGGCAUACCAACGUUACCAACAGAUGUAACGCUAAAUCGAGAUGGUGGUGAUUAUGUGCUCAGUUGGACCGCAGCUGAAAAUUUAGGACCCCAUACGGUGUUCUACGAGCUAAUAUUUAAUGACCAUAAUCUAAGACAGAUUUUAACGGUACAGCCAGGAACAGGAAAUAAACACGAGUGCCGCGUGAAAUAUCCCGAUUGCAGGGAGGGCGUACAAAAUAUGCAAGUACGCGCUAUAAAUGUAGUAGCCGAAAAGGACCUAGAUAAGAGCACUUUCGCUAUCGCAGAAGAAGAAGCAAUGCAACGAAUGCGUCGUCUCACCGAUCCUGCAUACGCACGAAGUCCACUACAGACGCAAGAAACUACUUAUAAUAUGUAUAAGUAUGACAUAUCAAAGGAACAUAUUGUGGCUGAUUACAAUAAAAAAGCGAAAAAAGCCGAAUAUGCAUACAAAUAUAAAACGCACAACGAUUUUAAGUGUGAACCAGUUGAUGGAAGUAUCCGAACACAAUUACCGGACAUGAGUAAUACAAGAUAUUACAUGUUGAAAUCGGAACCAAAGAGUUCGCCGAAUUACAAUUGUUUGCCAUUUCCGUGGGAAACAUUAGCGGCCUCGUUUAUUUUCGUUAGCAUGUUCAUAGUGACCAUACUUUGGACCUACAAUUUUAUGCAACGUCAAUGGAAGGUUUAUGUACGAUUUCCAGAUUCGGUGAUAAUACUAAUGAGCAUGAGCUCAAAAUCAACCAGUUGUUCGGAGGAUAAUAAACCGGAAAAUAUUUCGAUUGUAUCUACAAAAGCUAGUGAUGGUGCAUCGCUAAUCAAUAUUGGGAAUACGUCCGUACCUUCGAGUAGCAGUGAAAGUGGUGUCGAUGGCGUUGGCGACGGUGGCAGUGACACACCCAGUACAAGUAGUGAAGAUGUCAAUAGGGAAUUUUCACGUUGUUGGGCGAAAAGCGAGCCAGCAUCGCCACAGACUACAAUAACUUUAAAAAGUCUCAGCUCCUCUUCACCGUUGCGGUGUAAAAAGACAUUUGACAAGCCCAUUCUCAUUAAUGAUGACUACUUGCAAGCGGAACAAAUAGCACCAAUUAUUAUUAAUGACAGCAGCACAUCGAGCGAAUCUUCAUACUUACCCUUACAUUCAAUUACAUCAAAGUGCAGUUCAGCUUCGGAAAGUAGUGCUAACAAAGGAAAUUUCGGAGCUUAUGUUACAGCGGGCGAUAUCGCUGCAAGAGUGUCAACCCCACAUGUCGCUAUGCUCAACAAAAAUUCAAAGUCGCCGCUUUUGCUACAAAUGACAAAUAAUAAUAAUAAAAACAAUAUUAAUAAUAAUAAUUUAAUGAAAAAUGCGCCACUGGCGAACAAUUAUGUGCUACCAGAUUCACUCCACAAGUUGUCAACAGCGCAUGCCGGAAAGAAUUCCGUAAACCCAAUGGAAGUAAAGCACUCGCAAGCGAAAGCUGCAACGGCGCAGUCGCAACUCUUUCCAACGCUUGCAACCGGCGAUUAUGUGCUACCCGAUUCACUGCACAAGUUGCCCACAGCACAUAUGGCUACCACGCGGGAAGAUCAAAACGAAGCUGAAAAGCCAUUACAACAACAAUUUCCACAAAUAGCAAUCAAGCCAGCGCAGUCGGAGCCAUUUAAAAAUUUUGCGCUUACAACUGACGAUUAUGUGUUGCCCGAUGAGCUACCUAAGAUCGCUGCAUCGCAUACCAAUAUGUUUGAAAACAAGAAAUCUCUAAUGCCACUACCGCAACAACACUCACAAAGUAAUUCUAAGCAUGCGCAAGCCAAUAUUUUUAAAAAUAUGUCACUAACAAACAGUGGCUACCUACUACCCGAUACGUUGACCAAGUUUGCUGCUGCACAAAACGCUACCAGUGACGCGAAUAUUGACGACGAUUCAAAAACGCCAGUGCAACAACAAGUUCAGCCAAUAGUUUCAUACGGUUAUGUUACAUCAGAUUUUUGGUCACAGCAAAAUACAAUGAAAUGAAUUUGAACUCAUCGAGCUACUAUGGAAUGGCCAAAUUAAACAAUUUAACCAAAAAAAAAAUGUAUACAAAAAAAACAAAAGUGAAAAGAUUUGCACAAGCCAAGCUUCCUUAGUGAUCGUAUGCGGCAAACAUUUGCUGCGCUGAUAUUGUAAAAAUAAUACAACUCGUAUCAAGCAUAUUAAUUGCAUGUUUAUUGCUUAGUUGAUGACUAGCGAAAUUUUCACUAUCACGGCCAAAGUCUUAGGCAUUAUAUAGUUGUUGGUGAUUUACAUUUGGAAACUCUUUUGCGACUGAUUUACUGUUGUUAUUCGUAUAAGUGUGUGCGAAAGUGUUUGAAAGGUACUUAUAUGGCAUACAUGCCGCUAUACACAUGCAUUUAGUAUGUGUUUAACCAAAUAGUAAGUAAUAUAUUUACUAAACGUAAGAGUAAAAGGCUAUGAGUUUGUAGCGAUUCCCAAGUGAAACAGAAGAAUUUUUAUACUUAAACAAGUAAAAUAUAUUAUAUAAUAAGUAAAAUAUGUUUUAUAUUAUUAUAUUUACACUUAUGUACAUAUACAUAUUACUUAAGUAAAUGUUCUUCAAAGUGAAAAUAAUUUAAUUGAUUGCUUUAAUAAGUUCCUUAAAUAUUUUCGUUAUAUACUCAUUAUCUCAAAGAUAAACCUACAUACGUACAUACAGAAAUAAGUUGAAAGCAUCACAUUUACAUUUAUUUUCCUUUUUUUUUUUAGUUAGGUUAGGUUCAAUGCUACAACCAAACCUAACCUAAUAUUAGUUACUACCACUCUAAGCAGGGUUAGGUCACUGUAAGAUGAUCUUAAGAUCAUACAUUUGUAGAAAAUACUCGCCAAAAUUAUAAUAUUAAGUUCUUAAAGGGGUAUUCUAGCCUAGAAAAAAAAAUUAUAAUUUUUUUUAUAUUAUCAAAGUUUAACUAUUCAAUAAUAUGUUUGCAAGAGAAUUUUCAAAAUUCAAAUUAUUUUCGAAGAUUUAGGUAUUUUGAUAACCUGGCAUCCAAACUGUUUCGGCCGGAACUGAUACAUUAAACGCGUUUUUCUCGAAACUUUCUUUAUCAAAACGAUAACCACGAUUUCUCAGGUUCUACUGGACCGAUUUACCUGAAAUUUUUAGAAAUUCUUCUUUAUAGACAUGUCUAUGUCUGUAACUAACUAUAUCCAAUUUCAAUAAUUACCAUUUUUCAAAAUUUCGAACAGUCAAAUACAGUGGUUUAAAAAUGUUUUUUUUUGUUUGGUUGAAAUCGUGGGUAUGAUCACGUGUCGAAUCUACCCCCCACUUUAUCAGCUGGUAAUUUUUUAACUUUUUAUUUUUUUGCUGUAUUCUUGUAA